UAACAACACCUUACCAAAUCACCAUGUAUAUCUUCAACUUCUGCCGUUCAAUGAAUUAUGCAGUAGUUAACGCAAAAUGGUCAUUCUUCCUGCUAUGCUUGUUAUUUCCAAGCUACUAUUUUUCUUCUUUCAUAUUUCCUAUGCGUUUGACACCAUUACCCAGUUUAAGUCACUUCCUGAUGAUGGCAGCACCUUGGUUUCUAAGGAUGGAACCUUUGAGUUGGGUUUCUUCAAUCCUGGUAGUUCCUCAAACCGCUAUGUUGGAAUUUGGUACAAAAAUGUCCAAGUUAGAACAGUUGUUUGGGUUGCCAACCGUGACAACCCUAUCAAAGACGACUCCAGCAAGCUGAUCGUAAGCAAAGAAGGAAACCUUGUGCUUCUCAGCCAGAAUCAAACUCUUCUUUGGUCAACAAACUCCUCAACAGAGGCUUCAAGUCCAAGAGUGCAGCUCUUAGACACUGGAAAUUUAGUACUUCGAGAUGAGAAGGACAACAACAAUGAAACAAGUUUUCUGUGGCAGAGCUUUGAUCAUCCUUGUGAUACAGUAUUGCCAGGAAUGAAGAUUGGAUGGGACCUAAAAACUGGUCUUGAUCGGCGUCUUACAGCUUGGAAAAAUUGGGACGAUCCAUCUUCAGGAAACUUCACUGCUGGAAUGGUGCUUGGUAGCAAUCCUGGAAUGGUAAUAUGGAAGGGUUCGGCAGAGUACUACAGAACUGGCCCUGUGAAUGGCCCAUUAGGAGUAUUCGGAUUAAAGGAAAAUCCAUUUUACAAUAACAUAUAUGUUGUCAAUGAAGAUGAAGUUUAUUACUCAUACACACUCAAGAAUAGUUCUGUGAUUUCCAUAAUUGUUUUGAACCAAACUCUUAAUCUUCGUCAACGCCUCAUAUUGCUUCCUGAGACCGGAACAUGGAAAGUUUACCAAUCCUUGCCACAAGACAGUUGUGAUAUUUAUAAUACUUGUGGCCCAAAUGGGAAUUGCAUCACUGCUGAAACUCCAAUUUGCCAAUGCUUAGAAGGAUUCGAUCCAAAAUCACGCGAACAAUGGAAUGCAAUGGACUGGACAGUAGGAUGUGUGCGGCGCAAUUCGUGGAGAUGCGGUGUCAAAAAUAAAGAUGGGUUUCGGAGAUUAAGUAGAAUGAAAUUGCCAGACAUUCCAAAUUCUUGGGUCAAUAAAAGUAUGGUACUCGAAGAUUGCAAGGCCAAAUGCUUGGAAAAUUGUUCCUGCACAGCUUAUGCGAGCAUAGACACAAGUGGAGCAGGUAUUGGUUGUUCGAUCUGGUUCGGUGAUCUUAUUGAUUUGAGAGUUUCAGAAGGUGGGCAAGAUCUAUAUGUUCGAAUGGCCGUUUCAGAUAUGGGUGAAGUUGGAAAUGCAGAGAAUAAACAUGGGCGUCAGAGAAAGGUAGUCUUGGGGGUUACAAUCACUUUUUCAUUUGUCCUUGUGAUGCUAUUGGCAUUCUCCUAUAUUUACAUCACCAACACAAAGAAUACAGAGGAAACGGACAAAAUCAUGCCGACAGAAGAUAAUGAUAAAUGUGGACAAGAAGAUUUCGAGCUUCCAUUAUUUGAUCUAGCUACAAUAGUUAAUGCAACCAAUAACUUCUCAACUGAGUCCAAACUCGGGGAAGGUGGUUUUGGACCUGUAUAUAAGGGUACAUUGCUAGAUGGACAAGAUAUUGCAGUCAAAAGACUUUCAAGGUGUUCUGGACAAGGAUUGACAGAAUUUAUGAAUGAAGUUAUAUUGUGUGCAAAACUUCAGCACCGAAAUCUUGUUAAGGUUCUUGGUUGUUGCGUUGAAGGAGAGGAGAAAAUGCUUCUCUAUGAAUACAUGCCCAAUAAAAGCCUCGAUUCAUUUCUUUUUGAUUCAGAUCAAAGUAAACUUUUAGAUUGGUCUAAGCGCUUCAACAUCUUGAAUGCAAUUGCUAGAGGGCUUCUUUAUCUACAUCAAGAUUCUAGAUUAAGGAUCAUACACAGAGAUCUAAAAGCGAGUAAUAUUUUAUUAGACAAUGAUAUGAAUCCAAAAAUUUCAGAUUUCGGCAUGGCAAGAUUGUUUGGUGGUGAUCAAAUUGAAGGGAAUACAAGAAGAAUAGCGGGGACAUUCGGUUAUAUGGCACCUGAAUAUGCCAUUGAUGGAUUUUUCUCUAUAAAAUCGGAUGUAUUCAGCUUUGGCGUGUUAGUGCUAGAAAUUUUAAGCGGAAAGAAAAACAGAGCACUUGCCUUCCAGGACAACGAUUAUAAUCUUAUUGGGCUUGCAUGGAGAUUAUGGAAAGAGGGCUUUCCAGAGCAAUUGAUUGAUAAGUGUUUGGGGGAUUCGUGUAUUAUAUCUGAAGCUUUACGCUGCAUUCAAAUUGGCCUUUUAUGUCUGCAACAUCACCCUGACGAUAGGCCAAACAUGACAUCUGUGGUUAUGAUGUUGAGCGGUGAAAAUGCUUUACCUCAACCGAAGGAACCUGCUUUCUUAAUUAGAAAGGUCUCAAUUGAAGGAGAACAUUCUUCUUCCGUCAACGAAGUAACUGUCUCACUACUUAAACCUAGAUAGUGAAUUAGUUUUUUUUUCCUUAUCAUUGUGGAAUUAUGUAACUAGCAGUUAGAAUUUUAAACACAUUAUAGUUAGUUGCGGUGAAAUAUGAUAAUUAUUUUUUCAGCAAGCAUAUAUGGUAAAUAUGUAAUAUAGUUGGUAAUAAGCCAAAACAAAGAAAUACAGGCAGUAGCCAAGGAAAACAACA